UCUCGAUUCGGGUCGCACGUUAGUUGCAUGAUUAUAUAAAACACGUCCAAUUAGAACUCGAAUUAGCAUUUAUAUAAAUAUUUGCGAACGUAUGCGAAUUCAUAAUAUAUUAUCGGUUCGAAACUUUCAUAAAAAUUCACCACCGAUCGAGAGUAUAAAAGGGAAUUUCGCUGAAAAGCUGUUAUCAGUUAGCAUUCGCUUCCAACCACCUCAACAACUACAACUACUACUACUACAUCCAGAUUAGUAUCACCUCCAGUAUGCAGCCCAUCAUUAUUUUGGCGGUUUUCAUUGCCUUGGCGGCAGCUGUUCCCCAGUACGGACAUGGCGGUGAAGGCGGCGGUGGCGGACACGGCGGUGGACACGGUGUGAGCAUCCAUCAUAACGUGGGAGGCGGCGGCGGUCACCAUGGAGGUGGUGGAGGAGGAGGAGGAGGAGGCGGCGGUGGUCAUGGACACGGACACGCCACUUCCUACGCCAACCAGGAGCGUCACGACGGCAAGGACGAAGAAGUCCAUUUCAAGGCGCAUCCCCAAUACCAUUACGGAUUCAAGGUAGCCGAUGAUAAACACCACGACUUCAAGAGCAAGCACGAGGAACGCGACGGAUACAAAGUAAAGGGAUCCUACAGUUUGGUGGAACCUGACGGUAAGACCGUGCGUCGCGUCGACUACACCUCCGACAAGAAGUUGGGCUUCCAGGCCAAGGUUUCCUAUCAGCAUCACCAUUGAUCCGCUCCA